UUUGUAAUGUCAAAUUCAUCAGUCAUCACAUACUCAAAACAUCAACAACAAAAAUGUCGUCUCUAGGACAAAUUUUCGCCAUACUCGUGGCAAUUGCUUGUAUGUCAUGCACAAUGACUACCGCUCAAAACUGUGGGUGUGCUUCCGGCCUUUGCUGUAGCAAAUAUGGUUAUUGUGGCACCACCGCAGCCUACUGUGGCGACGGGUGCCAACAAGGCCCUUGUUACUCUUCAACCCCAACCCCAUCAGGUGGUGGUGGUGCUUCGGUACAAAGUUUGGUGACAAACGCGUUCUUUAAUGGGAUUCUUAACCAAGCAGGCUCUGGCUGUGCUGGUAAGAGCUUUUACAGCAGAUCUGCUUUCUUGAACGCUCUUAAUAACUAUCCUCAGUUCGGCAAAGGUGGAUCCUCCGAUGAUACUAAGCGUGAAGUCGCCGCCUUCUUUGCUCAUGUCACCCAUGAAACUGGACAUUUUUGCUACAUAGAGGAGAUUGCGAAAUCAAACUAUUGUCAAUCAAGUGCACAAUGGCCAUGCAACCCAAACAAGCAAUACUACGGCAGAGGACCAAUUCAGAUCACAUGGAACUACAACUACGGAGCUGCAGGUAAAAGCAUCGGAUUCGACGGUAUAAAUGCACCAGAAACAGUUGCCAACAAUCCAGUAAUUGCCUUCAAGACAGCAUUCUGGUUUUGGAUGAACAAUGUCCACUCUAGGAUCGUAUCCGGCCAAGGGUUCGGAUCCACCAUUCGAGCAGUCAAUGGCGGAGAAUGUGGUGGUGGAAACACACCUGCUGUCAAUGCUCGUGUUGGUUACUAUACUCAAUACUGUAAGCAGCUUGGUGUUUCGCCUGGAAAUAACCUUUCUUGUUAAUAAGCUACUCGAUCACAAACCAAAAACAUAACGAAUAAUAUGUAUGAACUCUUCAUCACUGAGCCAUUGAAGUAUAAUAAUUCAAAUACACCUUAAUUUCGUGGUUAAUUAGAAGCUAAGGUUGUGUUUGUAAGAGUUGCUGCGCUGUUGGCCAUGCUAGGCUGCUGCUUUUAUUUGUAACUUCACCAUAUAUAAUAUUUUGGUAAUGAAUGUAACAUACUUUGUACUACUUUCCAUUUUUGGAUGCUUCAAUAUAUUCAGUGUCUUCUUUAUUCA